AAACAUACUAUUAUGAUUCUUCUUUGCCAAAAUAAUGCAUUUAGCCAUCACUUUUAUCACUCUCUUUUCUUGAUAGAUUUGAAUUUCAUUAUCUGAUUUCUCUAUUUUUGUGCCAUUUUUCCCAACCCUUCUCCCCUUCCCAAGGAGGGCUUAAAAUCUGAAGGAAACAAUUAAAAAACCCUAAAUCGGCCGACUCUCAUUCUCUCAGGUUUGCGAUCAUUAUCUCGAGAGCGACUUUACGUCAUUUUGAUUAUUGUGGUGAAAUCUCAUUUCGAAUUAUUGCUGAGUUAUUGUACGGUCGAAUUCAUAUUUUUCGCGGGUUUGUUGAGUUUGAUAUUUGGAAAUAAGAUAAGAUGGAUGGAAAUGGGAAUAUGAAUUUUAGGAAUUGGGGGUUUCUUGAACCCCCAGCAAGUAGUAUGAAGAACCAGCUUGGCCUUCAGUUAAUAACUUCCAUGGCUGAGAAGCCCCUCUUUGGUGGCGGCGGCGGCGGAUUUCGUGACCACCAGCACUUGCACCCGUCGCCGGUCAUGUCAUCUAUCAAUGGUGGGCCGUUUCAUCACCAUCGUGUUGGUGGUAUUUCAGAAUCCCACAUUCCCGUCGACUAUUGGAUGAACCAGAGCCGGGAGAAGUACCUAAAUGUAUUACCUGUAAACCACCAACCUGCUUAUUAUCAAUCGAGCUAUGGGGUUUCGCCCGAGUCAUCAUCUGCUCAUUCUGUCCAAAUGCCUCAGCAGUUCAAUUUACAGAAGGCUGAAAAUGUGAUGUCUGAGAUGGAAGAGAUGUGCGAGGAAAAAGAUGAUGGUGGUUGUAGCAGUGGCGGGGCAGUGGUAGUAAAGAAGAGAGGUGGCAGUAAGGUCGCAAAUUCUACUCCGAAAGAGAAGAAGCCGAGGACCAGGACUCCUCGACCUCCAAGGGAUGAGCCCACUCCUCCAUCCAGCCGGGCCAGGAUACCAAAGAAGCGUGCCGAAAUUGUUAUUAAUGGAAUUAAUAUGGAUAUUUCAGAAAUCCCUAUACCGGUCUGCUCCUGCACUGGAGCGCCUCAGCAGUGUUAUAGAUGGGGAUCUGGUGGUUGGCAAUCUGCUUGCUGUACAACUCACAUGUCUGAGUAUCCGUUGCCUCCGAGCGAUAAGAGACGUGGUGCAAGGAUAGCGGGACGGAAGAUGAGUAUUGGAGCUUUCAAAAAGGUCCUGGAAAAACUUGCAUCGGAAGGCUAUAACUUCUCUAGCCCAAUUGAUCUGAGGAGUCACUGGGCAAAACAUGGUACGAAUAAGUUUGUGACAAUCCGAUGAAGUUUGUGAUGGAGAUGCUGCGGUUGGCUUCUAAGUUUUCUGCUGUAUAUAAUAUGAACAGCCUGGCGCUUUUGGGUGGUUACUAACUAUUCAGCUUCCAGAAUUGAGUUACAUUUUCCAGAAUUUUUGCCUCCUGGAGCACGCGGAAGAUUUUAACGAACUGUUCACGUUUUGUAGUUCAACGAAAACAGUAAUCUUGUCUAGUAACAAGGUAUGGGAUUGAUUUGUUGAGAUUUAUUUUAUUCAGUUCUGAUUCCUAAUUUACUUCCUGAUAAUCAAUUUGUUUUAGAUACUA